AAUGUAUUAUUUAUAUCUUUUCUCUAAUUGCUUUGAUUUUAUGUUAAUAAAAUAAUUUAUAAUAAUGUUUCAAUUCAUCUUUUUUUCUUGAAAAAUGUUUAAAGGCUAAAAAUCGCUAAAGCUGAUACCAUUUGGAUAAACCUUUUUGAAUAUGCCCUUUUUAAAUAAUCCUCUUAAUUUGUUCUGUUGGUCACUAAUAAAAAAGGACCUCUGUACGUUUUGUUUGUCACACAUUUACAGACUGUGUAAUUGACAUGUCUACAUUGGCUUGUUGGGAUAAUGUUUCUUUGCACUGACAACAAUGUUUUCCUUCUGAUUUAACAUAACUGCGUAAGUUCAUAGUUAAUGAAAUCUUUGAAAACAAAUUACAUUAGGAAGUUAAGACGGUGAAAAAGGUGUGAAGAUGUGGAUUAGUAAUCUGGCCCCUGUGUUUGCUCUGCUCUUUUUUAGUCUUGCUGGCUGUAAUCUCACUGCUCAGUGUUGUGUGAGUUUAUCAUCAGCUCUACAAUCCUCAAACUGUGUCCUGAAAGAGCUGGAUCUGAGUAGCAAUGACCUGCAGGACUCUUGUGUAAAAUUUAUUUCUGAUGGACUAAAGAGUCGUAACUGUCACCUGGAGAUAUUGAGGUUGUCAGGCUGUAUGGUGACGGAGCAAGGCUGUGGUUAUUUGUCUUCAGCUCUGAGUGAAAACCCCUCACACCUGAGAGAGCUGGAUCUGAGCUACAAUCAUCCAGGAGAUUCAGGAGUGCAGCUGCUCAAACACAAACUGGAGGAUCCAGACUACAAACUGCAGAUACUCAAUGUGGAUCAUGGAGGAGAGAACAUGAUGAGAGCGGGACUACGAAAGUAUGCCUGUGAUCUCACACUGGAUCCAAACACAGCAAACCCUCGACUCAUUCUCUCUGAGGAGAACAGGAAGAUCACAUGUGUGAAAGAUCAUCAGCCGUGUCCUGAUCAUCCAGACAGAUUUGAUAACGAUCCUCAGAUUCUGUGUGUUGAGAGUCUGACUGGACGCUGUUACUGGGAGACUGAAUGGAAGAGACGUGCCGAAAUAUCAGUGUCAUACACAGCUAUCAACAGGAAAGGAGGGAGUGAAUGUGAGUUUGGAUUCAAUGACAGGUCCUGGAGUCUGAACUGCUCUGAUAAAUUCUCUGUCUGUCACAACAAGAACGUCACUGAUAUACCUGCUGUGUGUUCAUCCUCUAGUAGAGCAGGAGUGUAUGUGGACGUGUCGGCCGGCUCUCUGUCCUUCUACAGUGUCUCUGACACACACACACUCACACACUUACACACAUUUAACACCACAUUCACUGAAGCCCUCUGUGCUGGAUUUAGAGUUGAUUCUGAUUGUUCGGUGUCUCUGUGUGAUAUCAAAUGAUUUAGAGUCUCUCUGUAAAUCCUGAUGUUCACAUGCACACAAACGUAUCAAAUCUCACAUCGUUACAUUUAUAUUCAUUCGUUAUUAGUUAUUCUUUGUCAUCCACCACUUAUAAAUCUUGGUGAGACAAACAUAAUGUUCUGAAUCUUUAAGAAAGUGGUGAAUACGUUAUCUUAAGUAUUUGUACAUUAAAAACCCUGUUAAUUUAAAAAAACUAGUGCCUAGAUUUGCCUACAUAAUACAGUGAUUCUGCAGUACACUUACUGUUAUAUGUAACUGUUUAUUAUUAUACACUAAACAGUACUGUACUGUAGAAAAUAUAAGAUGUACAGCAUAACACUUUAGGUGUUUGAUUGUCAUUAUAAAGUUUUUGUAUUACUACUAUAAUCUCAAACUUUAUGACUAUAACCUCUUCUUCUAAAAAGGCAUGAUCAGAAUUAGCAUUUCUAUUAGAAACAAAUAUAUGUAGAGUUACAAAUAAUCUAUAAUCCUCUUUGUAUCAUUUGACGUGUCCAUGAAAACUGCAGUUUUAAUCGAUGCAUAAUCAUGUGAUGGAUAGCAGUUGAAAUGAGGGCUAGAUAUGUGACGUGUAGAAUGAAAGCUUAUGACAUAUGCCAUGUCACGGUGUGAAUGAAUGUUCGUGAUUUUGAUUAUGGGAUGUAGGAAACAUUCUAUAAAGUAAAGGACAUUGCCGAGAUGCUAUCUCUAAAUGGGAUGGAAAGUUUGUUUUGUGUUUUUUGUAAUUUAUGCACGGAAGAAGAGCCGAACUGGGUUUAAACACCUUCGGGGCAAGCCCAAACCAGCUGUUUAAGACCUCAAAGCAAGAAGCUUUCGAGGAGAGAAAAAGAAAAGGAAGAGUUUUUCUCCAUCGGAACAGUGCUUACUCCAUCGCUUCCGCUGUAACAACUCCACAAUCCCUCUGUAUGGAACGACUGGAAGCUGCCGCAACGUGAAUCACUGACCUGCUCCAGCGUUCCUUCAGCGAGACCUCCAUUGACCCUCUGCAUCUUCAACUCUAGAAACUUCCAAAGCUGAGCAGCCCUACGACGAGAGACUGUCACGAUCAAAUCACCCUGGGAAUCCCAAAGACGUUAUCCAAGACGAGCGCCACAACCAAUCAGAGAAGCCAGGAUUCCCUCAGAGAAGCCAGCAAUCAGUUUUGUUAACACAGACAAAGUUUCCCUCUCUUAACUCAGUGGUGCAAAGUGGAAAGCUAGGACCUCUGCUUUGAUCAAUAUUUUGAUCUUAGAACUAGCAAAUAGACUUUGGGCUUCAUUAAUCAAUUCCUUCCCAAACUGUUCGUAUGCGUGUGUUCAUUCUUAGCUUAGUCAUGUUAGUGGAAGUAAAAUUCAAUAAACUUCAGUUAUUAAGAGUC